CGGUUUGUCUCGGCGGUGCAGGUCACUCCCUCCGUGCUGACAGCAGCUCAAUACGCGGUCAAAACUUACAGUCUUACCGAACUCGUCUGUUCCUACCUACCGCUUGUUUUGUUUUUUCCAUUUUCCUGAGGGUUUUGAGCGUUAUAGUGGUUUUAGUAACGUGUUAAAGUCGUCGGAGUUGUUGCUGUCUACCAGCAGGAAUAACCGCGUAGAUCUUGGCUUUUAGUUGAAGGCAGUGUGGAGGGGGGGAAAUGUCCAGCUGAGGACUGAAACUCCUGAAAACCACAGGGCCUCUGUUUUAAUGAUACAUCAAUGCUUCGAUAAUGGCGGUAAAGGCACAAGUUCUAUAUGACUUCAUUGCUGAGCCGGGAAACAACGAGUUGACAGUGAAAGAAGGGGAGACAGUCACUAUCACUAAUCAGGGUAUAGGAGGCGGCUGGAUUGAAGCACAGAACUCCAGAGGAGAACUUGGACUUGUGCCAGAGGACUACAUCGAGUUUCCAUCGUUCCCAGCAGCAGCAGCAGCACCCACAGCACCUACUCCAAAUUUAGGAAAUGUUGGCGCUCCAGAUCUGUCCAUCUUCGAUGCCUACGCUCCCCCAUCUGCACCUGCACAAAACCAGGUGGAUGCUAGGGGCUUAAGUCCCCAGCCGGAGACCCCUGAUACCCCCGUUUCCCCUUACCUUUCAUCCCCUGAUGAGGCUAGUAACGGUAACGAUCCCUGGUCGGUGUGGAACGCAGACCCUUCAGGGGGAGCCAACAACAACAACUGGGCGUCCAAUCCAGAGGGCACCCAGACUGGAAAGGGCGCUGCUGACCCCUGGAGCUCCGUACCACAGGGCCACCCUCAGGCUUACCAGGGCCCGGGAGCCGAGGACGAUGAAUGGGACGAUGAAUGGGAUGACGUGAAGUCUACUGGAGGUUACGCCGAGUCAGAAUCUGGAGAUGGCGGAGCACUGCAGAGAGGAGGAGCUCAUGCAUCUACCAUGAAAAUAUCCCUCAACAACAGGUUUCCUGGGUUUUCCAAGUCCGGUCCAGAGCUCUACCUCCUGUGCAAGCAGCUCGCCAAGAGCAAAGAAAAGUUACCGAUCUAUAUUGGAGAAGUUGGUCCCGUGUGGUCUUACCCUGAAAGUCAACUCGACUGCGUGGUCGCUGAUCCCAAGAAAGGCUCAAAGAUGUACGGCCUCAAGAGCUACAUCGAGUACCAAAUCACACCCAACACCACAAAUCGACCUGUCAAUCACAGAUACAAGCACUUUGAUUGGUUGUAUGAGAGGCUUCUAGACAAAUUUGGGUCAGCCAUCCCCAUUCCCUCUUUACCAGACAAGCAGGUGACAGGACGGUUUGAGGAAGAGUUUAUUAAGAUGCGUAUGGAGCGUUUGCAGGGCUGGAUGACCAGGAUGUGCAGGCAUCCGGUUGUUUCCAGCAGUGAAGUAUUCCAGACUUUCCUCACCUACAAGGAUGAAAAGGACUGGAAGACGGGAAAGAGAAAAGCAGAAAAAGACGAAACAGUCGGAGUCAUGAUUUUCUGCACAAUAGAACCUGAAGGUCAAGACCUGGAUCCUGUGGAAGUCGAACAGAAAUGCGAGCAGUUCAGCAGGUUUACCAAAGCCAUGGAUGACGGAGUGAAGGAAAUCCUCACUGUUGGCAACGAGCACUGGAAGAGAUGCACAGGGCCUUUGCCAAAAGAGUACCAGCGAAUCGGAAAGGCCUUCCAAAACCUGUCAUCUGUUUUCACCAGCAGUGGAUACCAAGGUGAGUCAACCCUGACUGAUGCCAUGACAGCAGCUGGAAAGACCUAUGAAGAAAUAGCUCAGAUGGUGGCAGAGCAGCCCAAGAAAGACCUCCACUUCCUCAUGGAGACUAACAAUGAAUAUAAGGGUCUUCUGGGAUGCUUCCCAGACACCAUUGGAGUACAUAAGGCAGCCAUAGACAAGGUGAAAGAGGGCGACAAGCUGGUAGCUACGAGUAAAAUUACCGCUCAGGAGAAAGUCACCAUGGCUAAACGAGUCAGCACCAUGUCUUACACAUUACAAGCUGAGAUGAACCACUUCCAUAGCAACCGUAUCUAUGACUACAACAGGGUCAUGCAGUUGUACCUGGAGGAGCAAGUCAAGUUUUACGAGACGAUCGCUGAAAAACUGAGACAAGCACACGGUCAGUUCACUACGAUGUGAAAGCAGCUGCCUUCAGUCUCCACUACAAGACAAGAGUAACAAAAGAAACAGCUCUACAUCCAAAAGAUUUUUGCUUUUCUGCAUUCUGCUCCCUCCCUUUAAAUUAAAUUUCACUUCUCCUUUUCUAUCAUACGUACCUCAUCUCUUCCUCUACUGCCCUUGUUAUCUGUUGCUCUCAGAUGUUUAUGGACAGCAAAGAGCAUGUGCAGCAGCUGAAACAAGAAGGGCCAGCAAUGAUAGAAGAGCGAGACACACUAUUAACCGACCCUCUUUCUUCUGCCCAAUACCUGCAGCUUGAGAUGAAGGAAGUAAACAUCUAAUCACAGUGUAUGGCUGUGAGUCAAACCCAGAGUUCUUUAAUGUGUUGCAAACACUUAAUGCAAAUAUGCACACUCUUGCAUUAUAUCUAAGCAAUAUUGGCAGGUUAUGAGUUUCAUGUUAAAAUGAAAGUAAAGGAGAGGAUUUACACAUCAUGCAAAACACACAGACACCAAAAACCAAAGCCAUGCUCUCCUCGAGCACAGGGGAGGAUUUCCAGAUGCAGCAUUGACAAAAAAAACAAGGGCUCUCUCAAGAGUCUUUUUGUGAAUUAAUUUUAUUCCCGCUUGGGUUCUUUUUGUCUAGUAAGUAAGUACCAUUAACAUUUUAGACCCCAAACAUCUUCAGUAAGUGCUCUUUUAAUUCUUGCAACAGUGUGUAUCCUCUGUAUGUAAACUGCUGGCAGUCCUUAGCCCCCUCUUUUCUUUUCUGCACUUCUUCAAAAGCUAACAGGAAGCACCACCCUUUCCUUGUCUUGCACGUGUGCCUUAUCCCUUUGAGGGAAAAAUUUGAAAUCGUUGACUUGGUUUUUUUGCCAUCCCCAGCCUGUGUACCGUGACACUGUAGUUUACAUUUCAGAAGAGAAGACAAAAAAAUGUUGGAUACUCAAAGCUGGGGCUAUUUCAUUACCAAACAUGAUUUCUGUCCUGCCGGUUCUCCUGAAGAAUAUUUGUCCCUUUUUUACAACCAGAUGUUGUUCUAUAUGAAGGCGUAGUAUCAAUGUUUAAUGUAAGAAUUUAUACUAUAAGGAGAGUUCAGGGUGGAGACAUGGAUUAUGUCACGUAUGCAGUUUAACUUUCGCUUUUCACUGCCCACUUUUCAAUCAGUCUAAUCUUCUACACCCUUUGUUUUCUUAUCACUUGAAGUAUGAAAAAAUAUACAUUUAUAUAUAUAUUCUAUAUGAGCUAUCAGGUGCUUCUUGUCACUCAGAUACUAUUUUAUGUAUAGAAGUAUUUGCAAUACAGUGUAACUCAAAGAGGAACUAAAUUUCUGUUUGAUUUAUUAAACAAUGAUUUGUACUCA